AUUCCUUUUUCCAUCUCCGGCGGUAAUCCACACAUGAGGCCCGCCAACGAAUUCCUCCGCCGCCACCUCCGCUAUGGCUGCCGUCUUCUUGCUCCGCCAGUUCUUACUCCCUUGCCCCUCCCUCUCUCGAAUAUCUCCUCCGCCAUCCCUUUUGAAAUAAGGAAUUUCGCUGUAAAUCCUCAUCAUCCUUCAAGCUCUUCUCCGCUUUUCUCCAAUUACGUAGCUCGCAGAGCUUUCUCAGGGUUCAAUUGGAGAAAUUCUGUGGAUACUGAAAAACAUGAAGAAGAUUUUAACGGAAGCUCUGAAGGGAGAUUGGAGCUCAAUCCUAUCGAGGUGUUGGAAACGGCGCCGGAGAUGCCAUCGGCCAGUUCCACUGCUAGGUCUCAGAUAUCGGAAGAUGCAUUUGGUGAAAAUUCAUGGUACCACUAUCCGAUUCAGGCUGUCAUUUCUACGCUCGACGAUUUUCAUGAUUUCACUGGGCUUCCAUGGUGGGUGGUAAUUUCUAUUUCUACUCUGUCUCUCAGGAUAUCUCUACUUCCAAUACUUAUUUUGCAGCUUAAGAAGAUGGCAAAAUUUGGGGCAUUAUUACCGAAAUUGCCGUCUCCAUUUUCACCUCCUCGGUCAGAAAGGAGUUUUCUAGAACAAUAUCAGUUAUUUCAUAAGAAAAGAAAGGAACUUGGUUGCCCCUCAUAUUUGUGGAACUUUGCAUUCUUUACUGCCCAGUUACCAUGCUUUUUACUUUGGAUGAGCAGCAUUCGGAGGAUGUGUUUGGAUCAUCACCCUGGCUUUGAUAGUGGAGGUACUCUGUGGUUCCUGAAUUUGACUGAUUAUUUCCCUACCUUGAUUGCUGGUUUACAUUACAUAAAUGUUCAGAUUUCUUUCCAAACUAUCAAAUUUGCAAAUCUGCAAGGAGGUUUAGGUUUGUUGGCAAAAUUGUACAAGUUAUAUCUGGAUAUUCUAUCUAUUCCAUUGUUUUUUGUCGGGUUUUAUAUUCCCCAGGGAAGUUUGGUUUAUUGGGUGACCAACAGUUCAUUGACUUUAAUACAGCAAUUGUGUUUAAAAAAUCCAACUGUUCGAAAUCGAUUGGGUUUGCCUAAUUUAAUGGAGGCGGCAACCAGAGAUAAAGAGAAUGAUGGUGCAGCAGCGUCGGAGAUCCUAAUACCUAUAGAAGCUGUACCUCCUAAAAAACUGCUUGAGCUUGCUCUUAAAUACAUGGCGAGUGGUGAUCAAGAUAAAGCUCUAAUUUUGUUGCGAAAAACAAUUGAAAAAGAUCCAGAACAAGUACAAGCUUUGGUCGCCAUAGGACAGAUUCUGUGCUCUAAGAAGUUAUUUGAAGAAGCAGCUGAAAAUUUCGAGCUCGCCAUCCCAAAGCUCUCAUACAUCAAAGAAGAGGAGAUUGGUCUUCUUGUUCUUUCACUUUUUGGGGCUGGAGUUUCAAGGAUAUGGCAGGGAAGAAACUCAGAUGGAAUAGAGCACUUGAAGAAGAUUGCAGAGUUGAGGGAGCCAGAUGGUCCCAUGGAUAAAGCCUGCUAUUAUAGGGGUUUGGUGAUGCUGGGAAGCACUUUAUUCCAAUUGGGUGAAAAGUCCGAGGCUGCAAAGUAUUUGAAAAUAGCAGCGACCUAUGAUCCAGGUGUUGAAGCUUAUCUCAAAGAAUGUGAAGGAUAGAUCUGUAACAAGUGAAAUUUAAUUUUAUAAAAAGGCGGCAUUUACACAAAGAGCACCCGAAACAUUACUCUGCACAAAUCAAGCUCCAUCUUUCAUCCAUAUUUCAAAUUCUCACUCAAAUGUCAAAUUUCAUGAUAAAGCCCCAACCCAUACCUUUCAUUUUUAUCAAAUUUUCGAUGCUUUGAACUUGGGAUGCGUAAAUGUAUCAGUUUGGUAGUUCAAAAACUUACCUGGGUGCUUGAUUUGUAAAUAUCAAUGUUUUGGAUGCUUUGCGCGUAAGCAUUUUCGAUAUUUUGUAGUUUAGGCACUAAUAUUUUUUAUGUGAUGUUAAAAAUUUGCAUGAUAUAAACAUGAAUGUUUGGGUGUUUGGUAAGCAAAUAUAUGAGAAUUGUCUGG